UUUUACAUGUUUUGAAAUAAAUAAUUUAAAUUUAAAAAAAAUCUUAAAAACUGGAUAAAAAUAAGAUGUUAGACGGUUGGUAUUGUCGUACGCUGGCCAAUGAACAACAAGCAGCUCAACAGAACGAUAAUAAUGAACAAAAUAUGGGACUGAACGACGAUACUGAUUCAGAAAGUCAAGAUAAUGAGGAAAGUAGACAGGGUGGUGGAGCAACCAGCAGCAAUGUGGAUUAUAAGAACCAGUAUCGCUAUUUGAAGAGAAAACUGAAAUUUUUGAUAUACGAAAAUGAAUUCUUCCAAGAUGCUUUAAGAUCAAAUCAAAGACGUUUGCUUAAAGUCUCAAGGGAUAGAGCAUUUCUCCUAGAUCGUCUUCUGCAAUAUGAGAAACCAGAAAAUACUUCAUCAGAAAGUGAAGAAACCGAAGAAUCUUCUGAGGACGAGGCUACAAAGGAAGUUAAAAAACGCAAACUAGAACAAAGUGUAAACGGCUCUUCAACCGGAUCAGCACGAGGUCGCAAAAAGAAAAACUCCGUCCCAGCUCCAGUUAAUGAGUCUACCGAUCAGGUAUCAAACCCAGCAUACAAUCACAUAGAUGUUGUGGCAGUCAGUCAACAAGCUCAGGCAGAGGUUGAGAGACAACUAUCCAAACGUUCUGUUAUGGAUUUGAUUCCGGAAAGAGCCCCAGCUACAGUACCAGCAGAAAUGUUCAGUAAUGAACCUUCUUUGGAUAGUGAACCCACAGACCAUUUGAUAGAUGGCUCAUCUCCUACACAUGUAGCAGCCGAAGAAUGUGUUCCCAUGGAAUACAGCAAUUAAGCUGAAUAUGGUUUAUUAAAACUCACAAAAUGAAAAAUCAUUUGCUUUAGUUAUAGAAAUUUUUAUUAUUUUUUUUAAAUUACACAUCUUAUCUCUUUAUGGGAAUAAAUGAAAUGAAAAAUAUUUACUUACAAACUAAAAAAGAACAUUUAAAAAUAUUAGCUUAAGAAUAGAA